UAGUCUGUGGUCUCAUGGAAGGAAAUAAGGAUAUCCUUGGACUGCAGCUCUUUUUUGAUUGUGAAUUUGUGUAUCAAACAAUCAAUGUAAUUUCACUAAUUUCUUAAAUGUGUUUAAUCGUAGGGCAAACGUGUUAUUUAUAAUGUCGAACCACACAAUAGAUGGUAAACUGAAAGGUUUAGAAGAGCGCUUCCAGAACGAGUUGCGUAUGCGAAAAGAAGGUUCUUUUCAUAGUCAAGGUGCUCUCGGAUCUAGUAGACCUGGCAGCGGACGGAGGCCUAACAAGCCCUUAUUCGGCAAAGAUAUACCGGCGUUCCCGCCGCGGUCGCCACAUGCGGCGGAGACGGAGAACAGGAUGAGGGAGGUCCACAAGGUAAGCGGCAACCUGACCGUGAACAACGUGCAGUACCGCUCGAACGUGGACGACCUCAUCCACCUCGGCGAGCUCGGCAGCGGCACCUGCGGGCAUGUAGUCAAGAUGCUGCACAAACCCUCGGGCGCUGUCAUCGCCGUUAAGCAAAUGAGGAGAUCGGGCAACUCUGAGGAGACGAAACGCAUUCUGAUGGAUCUUGAUGUCGUUUUGGGCUCACACGACUGCCUAUACAUAGUGCGUUGUCUCGGCUGCUUCGUAACCGACGCCGACGUGUGGAUCUGCAUGGAACUGAUGGCGUCCUGCUUCGACAAGUUGCUCAAGCGCCUCGGCGCUCCCAUCCCCGAGGCGAUUCUCGGCAAGGUCACCGUCGCGACGGUGAACGCACUAUCGUACCUGAAAGACACCCACGGCGUCAUCCACCGGGACGUCAAACCGAGCAACAUACUACUGGACGAACGCGGGAACGUGAAGCUUUGCGACUUCGGUAUCAGCGGGCGACUGGUCGACUCCAAGGCUAAGACUAGGAGCGCCGGCUGCGCGGCGUAUAUGGCACCUGAACGAAUCGAUCCGCCGGACCCUCAAAGGCCCGACUACGACAUACGCGCUGACGUCUGGUCGCUCGGCAUAUCGCUGGUCGAACUAGCCACCGGCGUGUUCCCCUACAGGAACUGUCAGAACGAUUUCGAAGUGCUCACCAAGGUGAUAUCGGACGACCCGCCGCAACUACCGGAGGAUAGCAACUUUUCACCGGAAUUCAAGUCUUUCGUAUCACAAUGUCUAACGAAGAACUAUAGACAGCGACCGAAGUACGCAAAACUAUUGGAACACCCGUUCGUAGUGAAGGCGGCGAGAGGCAACGUGUCCGUGGCGGACUGGUACGCCGACAUCACGGGGGUACACCCCACUCCGGCUAAGACGGUGACAACAACAGCGACGCACACAGUGACAAGUGCGCGGGAGUUCGAAGCGCCCGUGACGCCCCAACCCGUCAGGAACAUGGUCACCAGCCAGUGGAACGUAGAGCUCACGCCCACGCCCGCUAGGGCGUGGUGGGCGUCGGCGGGUCCGCACGCAGGAGGCAGCUCCUCUCAGCCCGCGAGCCUCGAGACAGACUUCGCAAACCACUCUCCAUAUCCUCGGCGCAGGACGCUAGAGGCAUGCGUGUCGCCGCCCCCGCCGCCGGCCCGGCGGGUCUCCGCGGACAACCGGUGGAGGCCCUCGCCCGCGAGCUCGGGAAACACAAGUCCUAUAGUCCUUCAAAGGUUCUACCACCAGAGCCAGCAGCGGCGGUCGCGGGUCGACUUGCACGCCACGCCCCGCCACCGGAGUCUAAGCCGGGAGCACAGCACGGGGCGGUCGCCGGAGCCCCCGCCGCGCACGGGCCGCCCGCACCCCAUGCUCGGACACGAAGCAAACGGUGUGGACUUGGAGCCGCCGUCGCUCCACGACCGGUUGCACCCUCACCCACCGUCGCCUCUCCUGCUCAACAAUAGGUACGCGAGGUUAUCUGAAGGCCGCAGCCAGAGCCUAACACGCGCCGAGCCCCGGAACGGGUUCCGUACGGACCUUCCCGCUCCGCACGCUCCGCGGCACCGCCACGACGACCAAGGCUGGCUUCACUCGCUCGCUGGACUCCUCAAGAGGAGGCUGAGCGGUUACGUCAAGUGGCAUCACGUUGCAGGCAGGCGGGAGCCGCACCCGCACUCCAACAGAUGGGCGCCAGCGGAGAGUUGGAGUGUGCCCGCGUCCCCCCUCCCCCCUCGGGCGCCGCCCCCGCGCCCCGCGGACUAGCGCCGCGACACGUGGUACGUCGACAAGUGGCUCCACCACGUCGCGUACUGCACACCGUAGAGGUAGAGCCACCCACAAACAAGUCACAGUUACGCUUCAAGGUAACCUUGCGUCAUGAGAUUACAGUCAUCGUUUGACAUUACAGCUUGAACAUCAUACUCGGCUUGAGAUUAUAAAAAGUUGAAGCAGGCAACCCCGCGUUUCAAAAAACUCUACUCAAUAGGCGGACUUGUUGUUUGUGAUGACAUGAUUAUUUUUUUAUUGUAUAAUUGAUAGUCAAGCUUAUGUCAAAUUUGAGGCAAUAGCUUGUUAUGGUUAUGUCAAACACAUUAUGUCAAAUUGAGUCUCGACUAAAUCAAGUCAAACUUUGUACGUCACAUUUAACAGUUCGGGUCUAUUUGCUUAGAUUGUGCUUCAUUUCUCGGUUGUUGUCGGCAAGGCUAAGAGUGAUCUUGGUUUAAAUAAAAUUAAUAAUAAAUGUAUUAACAAGACUUGACAUAAAUUGCUUUUUCAAGACUUGGAUCAUUGUAUUUAAAAUAUUUCCUGUCAUUUAAAAAAUCUGUGCUGAUAACAACCAAGACAUGACGAAUGAAAAAAACGAUCUACCCGUAUUAACUUUACGAUUUAUUGGAAUACUAUGUAUAAGCGACACGAGUCAAAGUAGGCUGUUACGUAGUUUCACAGUUGGGCAACGUAUAGUUUGAUUUUAACUGUGCUUCAGUUUAGUCUUCACCAAAUAUUUAUCGUUAAAUUAGGACCGGAAAUACCCGCACUGUCAUUGAAUUUAUUGUUUUGCUACUUUCUGCUUCAUUCUAAUAAAAUGCAUGAACAUGAUGACUGAAAAACACUGUUUAUACAAUAUUUGAUUGAUUAGCGAACGAAAGUUUAUACAAUAACUUAACCCUUAAAUGCAUGAAUCUAUUUUUAAAAUCCAAUAGGAAAGCUAAAUCGUAAAGAGUUAAAAUAAUCUAUAGAUGUGUACUAAAUUACGAAUAUUUAUUUCCAAAUCAAAAUUCUAAUCGUAUCAGACUGAAGCACACAAACGCAGAUAAAUCCGGUACUUACGCCGUUUUUUAGAUUGUUGUCUCUGUAAGAUUUCUUCCAAUGUCCUAUGCAAAUAAAGAUGAUAAUUUUAGACGAGUACUAAGCUGUAAUCAAAUCAAACUAUGCACGGCCCUUGUAUUAACAGGUUUAUACAAAUUAAAUCAAGGAUACCUAGCCACAAAAUUAAAUGUAGGUACGAUUAAAGCUGUGCGUUGACUUCCAAGUUAUGUACAUCAAUUUAAAAAUAUUUUAAACGUGUUACUCACGUGAGUAUUAUUAAGUCCAGUAAACGUUAGAAAUGGUUCGAUCCGUUUUUGAGGAUCGACUGCAGCACCGACUGCACCGUUCGACCUAGACUUAAUAACCCUUUAAUAUUUUCGAGUCUCACAGAAGUUUUAUAGCUAUAUCAAGUGAUUUACAAGUUAGGCUAAAAAGUUGUAUAAUUUUAGACUUAGUACAAACUAUGUCAAGUUAAGACUUAUUAGAGUAUUGCGAAUGAUAGUAUAACAAGUUAUCCGAGGGCCAUGACAUUUCCGAGCGAGCAGCGAGAACCACCGUUCAUGUAUAGGACAUUUUAUAAGUUGUACGCUUAUCUUAUUUCUAUUCAGAAUCACGAGCUUGUUCUAUCCUUAUAGGAGGAAAAAAUUGUCCCAAGAUUUUUAUUUUCAUUCCGUUACCAUUUUUCACAGACUGUAUGAAGGUAACGAAUUGGAAGGAACGAAAUUAUAUGGAAUUUUGAGACACUUUUUCAUAUAUUAGGGUCGAAUAGUCGUGAUUCUGAGCAGGAAUAAGAUAAAAAAAAUCGAAAUCUGAUUUUAAAAUAAAAAGGCCCGUGUAGUCGACGCUGGCUGUAUUUACGUGGCCCUACAGAUUUAAAUAAAAGCAAUUCAUUAAUGGCCUAUGCAUUGGUUUGUGUAGACACAAUGUACGAGUGUUUUUGUGUAUUUGUAAGUUGAGGGCGGGUGCCCUGCGCUUUACAAAAUUCGCUUCAUACACGAGUUAAGAUGAUACAAGCGUAGAUUUAGGCAAGCUUUAAGAGUAAUACAUAUUUUGUACAGUCACAAGGCUCUGAUAUUUAUUUGCUGUGUAUAGUCGUCCGUUUUUGCCUUGUCACUUUUAACUACGUAACCGUGUUGCGACGCGCCAUGCUGACAAUUGUCGCCUAACAUUGAGAAUACAUUGACGCUAUGUACCAUACGACCCAGAAAUGUACAGAGAAAUUUCAGUGGCAGCGGAGGUGCGAAACUCCUCGCUUCGGGCAAACUGCUCCGUUCGGCUCAGCAUUGCUCCGAGCAAUUAUUAAGGUUUGCACAACUUGACGUCCCUUUGCGUGCACGACCACAGGUAAGAUAAUGACUUGAAUUUUGACAACCCUAAAUAGCCGAAAGGGAUAGUGCCAUAUAUUAAAAAGGACAGCAUGAUUCGACCCUGAACCGCUGUCAUACUUCGGUUUUGUAGGAAGUAUCCUUUCUGUACGGUAGUACCAUUAUUUAUUCUGUGAGGGCAGGUGAUAUUAUAUACCUCUGUGUCUUGUUACUUUCGGCCCGCCAACGAGGUCAUGUCAUUUGAAUUUAUUUGAAUUUAUUUAUUGGAAACAAUGUAAGUUUACAGUUUAAAACCAAUUCACUUACAUGCUAGGAAUACAGAAAUGAAUAGGAACAUACAAAGUAACCAUAUCUAACCUUAACAUAAAUACUUAUAAAAACAUGCGCAUAAAAAUGUCACAACAAAUUCUAAUUGCAAAUUUACUUACAUACUAGGAAUAAAAAAAUCGGGAAUAAUAUGAAACAAUGUCAAUAAAUAAAUAUGAAACAAUGUCAAUAAAUAAAAUCAUAGAGUAACUUAUACUAGAGCGGUACUGUCAUAGUAAAUUUUGUAACCCCAGUAAAUUCACUGCCAUCUGUCGACACACUUUAAAACUAAAAAUAAAUAUUUAUAAAAAUACGAUAAAAUGUAUUUAAGUAUGGAUAAAUGAUUUUUUUAUUUGCAUUAAUUAUUUAUAAUAUGAUUUUGACCCAUGUUCUUUCACUGGUAUGGGUUAAAAUUAUUAAUAACAAACGAAACAGUCAACGCCCUCUAUACGAAUGUAGGCCAAAACUAGUGGCGCGAGAAUCGAUUUUAGUGAUUUUCGAGGCACGUUUUUUCCUUAGACUGUAUCCAACUAUUACGGAGUUAUAUCUAUCUUUGAUAACAUAUACAAAAUACAUGUCAUAAUUAACAAAAGACGAAUUUUUUUAAAGUCACUAAUACAUACAAAAUACACAAUUAUAAGGUUAAUCGAGACGUUAAUGUACAGAGCAUGAACUGAAGUUAUAUUAUGACUACAUUAAUUUCAUCAAAAUAAUAAGGGUUAGUCAGAAACUAAGGUCAAAGUACAAAGUGUUGCGUUUGUCCCCGCUCUCCCCUACCUAUAUAUGGCUGGUUUUAGUGUCACGCGGACCAUUCGUGCGGAUUGCUCCGAAUAUGUAGCGUUUUAGAGUGGUCCGCGCGGACGACCGUCCACGCGGACAGCUUUCUCAUACAAUUUGACGGUGCAGAGCGAUCCGCACGGACGGUCCGCGUGACACUAAAACCAGCCUAUAGUCAUAGUAUAACCAGAGCAAAGUGCUCGCGCUGGUCGUCCCGAAGUGCAAUAAGAUAAAAGAAUUAUACAAGAGUAAGAAAAACUUUAGUGAAGUGCUUAAUAAAAUGGAUAAACAUCUGGAGAAAGAAAAUUUAAACAAAAACCAGACAAAGAAAGCGGGAACAAGGAUUCCUGUACCCCUGGCACCCCUGCCAACUUUGCCGGGCUAUUUGCUGAACAAAUCACGCCAGAGACCUAUAUGAAUACUUUAUCUGACUCCAGUGGACUCACCCAUAAUGUGCCCUCUUCAAAUUUGUUAUGCGAGGCUGGCCCAAGCAAUUCAAAAACCAAAGGCCUUGACACUACAUUUGUCGUCAAUAGACCAAAAAGUUCUUUUCAAAUGGACACUACAUUUGUUGUAACACACUCUGUCGCACGGGGUUGUGAAGAUAUCGACGAUUUUGUCACUUACCAAGAUGAGGAAAGUGUUAUUAUUAUUAGCAGUGAUGAAGAAAUUCAUUCGCCCGAACCAGAUAAAGAUGGCCUUGCUAAUAAGAAGCGAAUAUCAGAAAGUGCCCCUGAUUUAGGUAUGUAACAAUACGUUCUAUUAUUUAUUCCGUGACAAUACUAAUAAUGUUACUAAAAUUAUUAAAUAUUCGUUUUCUAAAUACCUAGGUACUUAUAGUGCAGCAGAGUGCUCGAACAAAUUGUCGUAAAUGUGGACACGCUGGACAAAAGCACCAAUUUUUUUCAGGCAUUUUUAAUUAUACGUAUAUCAUUAAUAUCUCGAGUUCUAAAUAACGUAGAAUCACAAACUUAUAGUUUUUUUUUAAAUUUAUUUAUCUCAAUGUACAUCACAACAAUUUUCUUAUAAUUAUAUUCCUCGCCAAACUGCGAUUGCAGUUUGUUGGCGAGAUAGCGCUCAUUUUUACAUUUUAAACAUUUAUGCACUUAAAAAACUAAACUUAAACUUAAACUAAACAAACUUAGAUACUAUUCCUACUUACUUACCUACCUACCUACCUAUACCUACUUAGAUACUUAGAUUCCGUAGACUAAAAUGAAAUUUUAUGUGUUGUUAGGUUUUUUACUUCUUAUGAAUAUAAAUAUAAGACGUAAAAAUCUAGCAGCACAAGAAAUAUCAUUUUAGUCUACGGAAUAAAAAAACAGACUAUAGUGUCUAAAUAAUAAAAAUUAACUAUAAUUCAAAAUAAUCAUAAUGUGAGCAUAUCUUCAAAUUCGUUAUGCGUGGCAGGCCCAAGCAAUUCAAAACAUAAAAGAAUUUUUAUUAUUAAUAAUUCAUCUUUAGCUUAAACAUAUUAACGGUCGCGCUGGUCGUGUCGAAGUGCAAUAAGAUAAAAGAAUUAUACAACAGGAAGAAAAACUUUAUUGAAGUGCUUAAUAAAAUGGAGAAACAUCUGAAGAAAGAAAAUUUAAACAAAAAGCAGACAAAGAAAGCGGGAACAAGGAUUCCUGUACCCCUGGCACCUUUACCAACUUUGCCGGGCCAUUUGCUGAACAAAUCACGCCAGAGACCUCCAAUGAAUACUUUAUCUGGCUCCAGUGGACUCACCCAAAAUGUGCCCUCUUCAAAUUUGUUAUGCGAGGCUGGCCCAAGCAAUUCAAAAACCAAAGGCCUUGACACUACAUUUGUCAUCAAUAGACCAAAAGGUUCUUUUCAAAUGGACACUACAUUUGUCGUCGAUAGACCAAAAGGUUCUUUUCAAAUGGACACUACAUUUGUCAUCGAUAGACCAAAAAGUCCUUUUCAAAUUGACACUACAUUUGUCGUAACACACCCUGUCGCACGGGGUUGUGAAGAUAUCGACGAUUUUGUCACUUACCAAGACGAGGAAAGUGUUAUUAUCAUUAGCAGUGAUGAAGAAAUUCAUUCGCCCGAACCAGAUAAAGAUGGCCUUGCUAAUAAGAAGGCCUGAUUUAGGUAUGUAACAAUACGUUCUAUUAUUUAUUCCGUGACAAUACUAAUAAUGUUACUAAAAUUAUUGAAUAUUCGUUUUCUAAAUACCUAGGUACUUAUAGUGCGGCAGUGCUCGAACAAAUUGUCGUAAAUGUGGACACGCUGGACAAAAGCACCAAUUUUUUUCAGGCAUUUUUAAUUAUACGUAUAUCAUUAAUAUCUCGAGUUCUAAAUAACGUAGAAUCACAAACUUAUAGUCUGUUUUUUUAUUUAUUCCGUAGACUAAAAUAAAAUUUUAUGUGUUGUUAGGUUUUUUACGUCUUAUGAAUAUAAAUAUAAGACGUAAAAAUCUAGCAGCACAAGAAAUAUCAUUUUAGUCUACGGAAUAAAAAAACAGACUAUAGUGUCUAAAUAAUAAAAAUUAACUAUAAUUCAAAAUAAUCAUAAUGUGGGCACAUCUUUAAAUUCGUUAUGCGUGGCUGGCCCAAGCAAUUCAAAACAUAAAAGCGUUGGCAAUAGACCAAAAAGUCCCGUUCAAAUUGACACUAAACUCGAUAAUCGAAAACAUCGAUAAUUUUGUUGCUUACCAAGAAGAGCCAAGUGACCCAAUUAUAAUUAGCAGUGAUGAGGAAAUUGAUUCGCUAUGUAACGUACCGUAUUUACCUCAGUAUAUCAUACGAUGUAAUGUAUUUCCAACGAUUCGCCAACACAAACAUCACGCGGUACGACUGGCUCUGCUCGCAGUAUAACAUCGACUGACCCUAACUGUCGGUGACGUCACCAUGACGUAAGCGCUAAGUUAAUCAUAACAAUACAUAAUUACAUACCCAACGUUCUAUGAAUGCGCUGGUACCAUUGCCUUGGGUGGACAUCUCCAAGACUCCGAGAUCUAUGACUUACCCCACUUGGGACUUUUGUAAUCUUCAACUUCUCUACUGUAUUGUCGAUAGCUCCUGUAAGUCUGAUACCUGAAUCCCUUUUCCUUUCCCCCUUUUUCCGUAUAGUCUAAGUGCUUACACUUAAUCCCCUUGUUUUUAUAAUCGUCAAAACAGUUCCUAAAAUGUUCGUGAUAUGGAUAGUGGACUACAUCAUCGGGUAAUGCCUAACAAAACAAUCCGUAGCCUUAUUAACUUAAAAUUAACUUAUUUAGGUACUGAGUUUAUUAUCUGUAUUAAUUAUGAAAUGAUUUCAUGAAGCUCCAACUGCUCCAAGAGUUAGUAGUUUCCCUCUAGAAUCCUCUCAUCUAAGUCACUGCAUGAGCUAGUGAGCUUAUCAUUUGCUGAGUGGUCUGUGUGGAAAUACUAUGAUGCAAGGCCUUUAAUUUUUCUUCGCCUAGUUGUCCAAAACAGUUCUACCAAAGAUAGAUAUAACUCCGUAAUAGAUAGAUACAGUCUAAGGAAAAAACGUGCCUCGAAAAUGAAGAAAAUUUGAUUGUCGUUCAGAAGGCGCUACUAGCUUUGGCCAACUGUUGUAUAAAUGGCUUUGACGGUUUCGUUUGUUAUUUAACAAUUUUAACGCAUAUCAGUGAAAAAACAUGGGUCAAAAUCAUAAAAAUAAUUAAUGCAAAUUAAAAAAAUCAUUUAUCCAUAUUUAAAUACAUUUUAUCGAUAUCAGAUGGCAGUGAAUUUACUGGGGUUACAAAAUUUACUAUGACAGUACCGCUCUAGUAUAAGUUACUCUGUGGUUCUACCAAAUAAAACUGUGGCCCCAAUUCUUUAUAUUUGAUUAGCUAGACAGGCAUACAUAUACUAUUAUACUCUUUGAUCACUACUAAGAUUCAAAUCAGUCCAACCGUUGUGCCUUGUGCCUUUGAAAAUUUGAUCUCAAAUGAAAGUGUCUAAUUUGUUAGACAAUAAGAGCUGAACAAUCAUUACAGUAUUAAUGACAUUCUUCAAUUUUGGUGACAAUGACGGUUCUUUUUUUUGUCUAUAACCCAUGACCAUUGAAUGCUGACAUGAUGAUCAUGUUUUGGUUUAUCUCUGGUCCGUUUGUUAUUUAUUUACAUUUCCUAUUGUUAAAUUUAAAUUAAAAUUAUCAACUGACCUGAUUUUUAUGUACCUACCCGGCAUAA